AUGGACUUCUGGGAAUCUCACGAUAGGAUAAAGGAGUUAGGCAAAGGAAGCUAUGGACUGGCAAUAUUGGUCAGAAGCAAAACGAGCGGACGGGAAUAUGUGGUGAAGGAGGUAGACAUCUCCCGGAUGAACAGAAAGGAUGCCGCAGAAGCGGAGCAGGAAGCAAAGAUUCUUCUGGCGCUGCACCAUCCCAACAUCGUGGCCUGCUCCUUGAGUUGGGUGGAGCGUGGCAAACUCCAUAUUGUCAUGGAAUAUUGCUCUGAGGCACAGCUGCAGGAUAACUGUUUGGUGUGUGCAGGCGACUUGCAAGGGUUCCUUAAGGAGUGCAGAUCAACACAGCUUCCAGAGGAGACCAUUUUGGACUGGUUCAUCCAGAUGGUGCUUGCCCUGAAAUACAUGCACGAGAGGAAGAUUCUCCACAGGGAUUUUAAGACAGCCAAUGUGUUCAUGGCGGAGGGGGGACUCCUGAAGGUGGGGGACUUUGGUGUGAGCAAGGUUCUGAGCAGCACCCUGGCGCUGGCCAAGACAACCAUCGGCACCCCUUACUACAUCUCCCCUGAAAUUUGUCUCAACAGACCCUACAACGCCAAGACGGACAUAUGGUCAUUGGGGUGCGUGGUGUACGAGAUGCUUAUGCUGCGGCACGCCUUCCAGGCGGCCUCCAUCAACAAACUCGCUGAGAAGAUCGUCCAGGGCAGGCAAGCUCCCCGAAAAUCCAUGCAAUCUUACCCCUCGGUUGCAUGCUGUUGA